CUCAACUGCCUCCACACCAACUGCAAGGAACAACAGCAGAGCCAUCCAAUUUACGACCAUCAUGAAGCUGAGGUGCCCCAACCCCAAGAGGCUCUUCAGGAGGAGCUCCUCCAAGAUCAGCAGGUCUAGUAGCAGCUGCAGCAGCAGCAGCGACAACGGCAGCGAUGCCUCCGGUGGCAUCCGUGGUGGCGGCGGCAGCGGGGAGAUCGAGUGGGAGGUGCGGCCGGGGGGCAUGCUGGUGCAGAGGAGGGACGGAAGGGGGGACGUCGAGAUCAUCACCGUCAGGGUGGCCACCGGCUACUCCUGGCAUGAGGUGUCCAUUGGAGCUACCUGCACUUUUGGUGAGCUGAAGGUGGUAGUAUCCAUGGUGACAGGGCUGGAGCCGAGGGAGCAGAGGCUGCUGUUCAGGGGCAAGGAGAGGGAGGACAGCGACCACCUCCACAUGGUUGGGGUGAGGGACAAGGACAAGGUGCUGCUCCUCGAGGACCCUGCCCUCAAGGACAUCAAGCUCCGGGCCGCACUCGCGGCCCAGGGCGUGCAGAGCCCGUAUCAGACUUUUAUCAAGGUGUAGGCCGGCCCACCUCGCCCACCUCGCUAACAGUUAGGAUAAAUCAACCGCACCGACCCCUCAAAAAAAAAAUCAACGGCACCAUAAGCCGGUUAGGUCUGAGAAAAGUUACUAAAAGAACUGAACCUGAUGGAUGGUGUGGUUCGCUGCUGUUGAUCAUCAGUACUUGGGUACCACUCCAUGGAAUGGAAGGACAAAGGGCCUCCUCGUGUGGGAGUUUGAGUACUGCCACCUUUUAAUUAGUUAAGUGAAUUGCAUGGUUGUGCAAUUUGUACCUAGUUGCAAGUUUUAAGUUCUUUCUUCUAGACUAGAUGAUGGAAGCGCUAGCCUCCUGGAGUUGCGGGUCUAAUGUGGCUGUCAUGCAUCUUAGCAAGUUAGAUUGGAGAGUGCAAUCUUGGAUGGGGACUAAAUGGAGCAGGUUGCUACAGGCAACUCUGUUGUGGAUGAGAUCAUCAAAUGUAUGAUGAGGCCGCAUUUUCGUUGUCCUUUUCCAUUGAGACA